AUGUCUCUUUCUCCUCUCGUCCACAAUGCUGACAACACAAUUACUCUCAUCAAUGACCGGAAAGAGAUAGUCUUCUGCUCCAUUGUGGACAGAGACUCCAGCGAGGCCUAUGGCAAGGCAGUGGCUGCUGGAGCCCUUUUCCUCUCUAUUCUUGGAUUGGCCUCUGGUGCCUCAGCACCUUCACCUGCGUUGCUGGUAGGGCUUGGAGGCUUGUAUCUGUCGAGCCAAUCGCCUUUUCACAAUUUUCACGCAAUUCAGAGUCCUGAAAUCGUCAGCAGGGUGCUUUUCUUAAAUGAUGUUCUCAAGCUAUCCCUCGACAAGGGAAAGUCUGGUGUGAUUCUCCUCUUCCAUGUCCAGAUUCACGGAACACAAGUCAAGGUCACACAAUACGAGAAGGAAUGCUCAUUGGACAUCAAUUACGUCGGAAAGAUUAUUGGAGGUGAUUCCAAUGAUAAAAAGGACUACUUUACCUUUACAGUCACCGGUACGCAUAAGCUCGCCCAUCGAAGGUAUUUGGCAAUUCGUGGUCUAUCGCCAGGCGGUAUUAUUUCCCACUCGACAGAGUCGGAUUGGAAAGACAUUCCUGAGCCAGGAUCCGCCAUUGUCUUCGACUCUUCUGGAAAACUGGUGAGCUACUUUCCUCAGAAAAAGGAGAGCCACGGCAAGGAUCUUUUUGAGAAAUGUACGUUUAAUUUCAAGAAAGAUGCCGUUCUUCAGCUAGUUCAAGGGGAAAGUGAUCAUAUAAGCUCGAGCCUAUCAGUCUUGAACCUCGCCGAUGAUAAGCAUACGGCUGUGCUCAAGAUGCACGGAUGGAAGUGCAACUAUCUCGGCACCAAGAUUGGAAACGCACUGGACAACGAGCUUCAAAAAGCCUUGGACAUCAUCCGCGAUCAUACGAACAAGUCAUACUGGGCAUAUCAAUGGAUUCGUGAUUCUCAAAAAAGGAAUUAUGGUGACCUGUAUGGUCUUACCUGGCCUCAUGAUGGGGACACUAUAUCCCGCGUCCGCAAUUCAGAGUUGUUCUUCGUUGUCGAAGACAAGGAUUGGACUUACACAUCCACUAUUGUAAAGGGAUGA